UUUCGGUAGACAUGUUCGGAACGCACCUGCAUAUGGCGGACGUAGAGUUUGUGUUUAUGUCAAUAAGCAUCUGAUUUUUAACAAUUGCGCGGGUGUGGAAUUAAUGAAAAACAAUUCGUGAUGUGCUAGUGGAUCUUGUGAACUGUGAAAAUUAUUUGUGAUAAUGUCCGCCGUGGCCGGGCUUGUGAACUGUUAUAAAUGUGCCCUGUACUUUUAAGGACUAAUAUCUAACAUACUGCACUGAGGAUGGUGUACUAUAUCAGAGCCAUCGGUCGGACUAACGUGACGGUUCCGAUGUGUCCAAAACCAAGGGCACUGACGAUGGAACCCGACACGAGACCUGCGGCGCGGGACAGCGCCGGUAAGAUGCGAGAGCGGCGCCGCGGGCCUACCACCGCCGCCGCUCUGCUACUCCUCGCUCUGCUCUUCGUCUGCCAAGUCGACGCGUCUGAAGACUCGGAGGAGACCGAAGAGACGGACCUGCCGACCCCCUCCACCACCCCCGCCGUCUCCCCCCGCGCGCCCGGCGCCAACGAGACCGGAGACCCUUUUAUACGAUAUCUAACUCACCCUCCGGAGAUCACGAUCCGGCCUAGAAACCUGCAAGUUCGGGCCAACGGCAUCGCGGCCUUCUACUGCGCGGCGCGCGGAGACCCCGUACCGAACAUCCAGUGGCGGAAGAACGGAAAACGAGUUUCUAACACGCAGUCCCGCUACCAAGUCUCCGACAUGGGGGCAGCGGCCGGCCCCAACGCCCGCGGGGACCUGCUCCGCAUAGAGCCAGUCAGGGCCCAACGAGACGACGCCACCUACGAGUGUGUGGCUGAGAACGGUGUCGGAGAUGCUGUGGCGGCCGUGGCGACGCUGACUGUGUUCGAAGCGGACAAAGUCCCCCCCGGGUUCCCGAACAUCGCGCCACCAGCCACCACGACACUGGUGGUAGAAGUGGGCCACACGGCCACGCUGCCCUGCGCUGCCAGUGGCUCCCCCACGCCAAAGAUCAAGUGGCUGUACAACUCGCUGCCGCUAGAUGUCGCUAGCAACCCGCGGUACGCGCUGCUCAAUGACAAGAUGCACGGUACGCUCCAGAUCGUGAAGAGCGAGGAGGAGGACCAGGGCAAGUACGAGUGCGCGGCCGAGAACGCGAUCGGCACCGAGUUCUCCAAGCCCACUUCGCUCUACGUCAAGCUGCGUCGAGUGGCGCCGCAGUUCUCCAUACCGCCGCCUCCGUUGACCGAAGUGAUGCUCGGUGGGAACCUCACCCUUAAGUGCGUCGCCUUCGGAUCACCCAUGCCCACAGUUAAAUGGAGAAAAGGCCUCUCACAAUGGCUGACGCCGGAGGACAACCCGCCGCUGGGCAUCAACGUGCUGAAGCUGCACGACAUCCGGGACUCGGCCAACUACACGUGCGAGGCGGCCAGCGUGCUCGGCGUGAUUGAGAAGACUGCCUUGGUGAAGGUGCAAUCUCUACCCGGCCCGCCGAGCGAGGUGCGUGCCUCGGAGAUCACGGCCACCACCGUGCGCCUGGCCUGGAGCUACUCCGGGCCCGAGGAGCCGCAGUACUACGUCAUACAGUACAAGCCGAAGUAUGCUAACCAGGCAUUCAGCGAGAUAUCCGGCGUCAUCACCCAAUACUACGGGGUGACGAACCUCUCCCCGUACACAGAGUACGAGAUGUAUGUCAUUGCUGUGAACAACAUCGGCCGCGGCCCGCCAUCCGCGCCCGCCGUCAUCACCACGGGAGAGACCGUGGAUUCCAUGUAUGGAGGUGCCAAACCGGGCUCAGCGCCGCGCAACGUGCAGGUGCGGCCGCUCAGCUCCAGCACCAUGGUCAUACAGUGGGACGAGCCGGAGACACCCAAUGGACAGGUCACGGCCUACAAAAUCUUCUACACAACCGACCCAUCCCAGUCUCUGCAAUCGUGGCAUUCUCAAAUGAUGGACAACAGCCACCUGACGACGAUCAGCGAGCUGACUCCGCACACGGUGUACACGAUACGCGUGCAGGCGCUCACGUCGGUGGGCCCCGGCCCGCUGUCCGCGCCCGUGCAGGUCAAGACGCAGCAAGGUGUCCCAUCGCAGCCCUCAAACCUGGUGGCAGUGGAGGCGGGGGAGACGUCGGUGACGCUGACCUGGAGACGGCCGGCCCACGCGGGGGACAACAUCAUGUCUUACGAACUGUACUGGAACGACACGUAUGCGAAGGAGCAUCAUAAGAAGCGGAUCCCCAUAACGGAAAGCUACGUCCUAAACGGCUUAUACCCGAAUACAUUGUACUACGUUUGGCUCGCGGCGCGCUCGCAACGCGGCGAGGGCGCUACAACGCCACCUAUCGCCGUUCGCACGAAACAGUACGUGCCAGGAGCGCCGCCGAUGAACGUGACAGCUUUAGCGAUAUCGCCGACGUCCAUCCGGGUGACGUGGGCGCCGCCGCCGGCCGAGACGGCGAACGGAAGAAUCGCUUAUUACAAACUGCUUUGUGUGGAGUCCGGCAGAGGCGACUCGGAGGCGACAGUAGUGACGCUGAACCAGACGAGCUUCGUGCUGGACGAGCUACGCCGCUGGACGGAGUACCGGAUCUGGGUGCUGGCCGGCACGUCGGUGGGCGACGGGCCGCCCUCCUACCCGGUCACCGUGCGCACCUACGAAGACGUGCCCGGGGAGCCUCAGGACGUGAAGGUCAACGCCAUCAACUCCACAUCCAUCCAUGUGACGUGGAAACCUCCGCAAGAGAAGGAGAAGAACGGCAUCAUUCGAGGCUACCACAUACAUGUGCAGGAAGUUAGAGAAGAGGGUAAAGGCCUCCUCAACGACCCGAUGCGGUUCGACGUGAUGGACGACACGACGCUGGAGCUCAACGUGUCGGGCCUGCAGCCGGACACGCGGUACAACGUGCAGGUGGCCGCGCUCACCCGCAAGGGGGAUGGGGACCGGAGCGCGCCCGUGUCGGUGAAGACGCCCGGCGGAGUGCCCAACCGGCCCACUGUCAACCUCAAGGUGCUGGAGCGUGACCCUAUAGUAUCUAUUGAAUUGGAAUGGGCGAAGCCGACGCAAACAUACGGCGAUCUACUCGGAUAUCGACUGAGAUUCGGCAUCAAAGAUCAGCCGCUAGAUGAGGAAAACUUCACGGGAACUAAAGUCAAUUCACAUAGGAUUAAUGAUUUGGAACGAGGAGUCCAAUACGAGUUUAGGGUGGCCGGAAGGAAUCAUAUAGGAAUCGGACAGGAAACUAUCAAAUACUGGUUGACGCCUGAAGGGCCUCCGAAGGGUCCGCCAGCGAAUGUGACAUAUCAUUUCCAAACUCCCGACGUCCUUAGUGUGAGAUGGGAUCCGCCGACCCGGGCCGACCGGAGCGGCCAGAUCCGGAAAUAUGACGUCCAGUUCUACAAGAAGGGCGACCAGUCGUCAAUGAUUGAGAAAACCACUAAUGUAACCAAAGCUGUGUUCACUGGCCUGGAGGAAGACGCUCAUUAUAUUUUCAGAGUAAGGGCGUAUACCGACCAGGGCUCUGGUCCUUACAGUAAGGAUGUGACGGCUCACACGGAGAGAGACAUAGGCCGCGCACCCAUGGGGGUCAAAGCCGUCGCUACCUCAGAUUCAGAUGUGGAAGUCUGGUGGGAACCAGUCCCUUCAAGGAAGAAGAUUAUAGGCUACGUCAUAUUCUACACAAUGACGCCUAUCGAAGACUUGGAUGAAUGGCAACAGAAAACUGUUCACGUUACCCACUCGGCUGACUUGGAAAGCUUAGAAAAGUUUGCAGAAUACGCUAUAGCGGUCGCUGCCAAGAUGGCCGACGGCUUAGGAAGGUUGUCAGAAAAGGUUACAGUGAAAGUGAGGCCGGAAGAAGUGCCUUUACACCUCCGUGCUCAAGACGUGUCCACACACUCGAUGACGCUGUCGUGGUCACCCCCAUUACGCUUAAACCCCGUUAGUUAUAAAAUAUCGUAUAAUGCCAUUAAAGAAUUCGUCGACUCUCUUGGCAUGACGCAGAUGCAGGAGAUACCUAAGAGAGAGAUUAUUAUUAAACACGAUAGAACGUCGUUUUCGAUAAACGAUCUAUCACCGUUCACUACUUAUAAUGUUAAUGUUAGUGCUGUGCCGAACGACGAGUCGUACAGACCGCCUACUAAGAUUACUGUGACGACGCAAAUGGCCGCUCCCAAGCCGAUGGUGAAGCCGGACUUUUACGGCGUUGUUGAAAACGAAAUACUCGUCAUUCUACCUCAAGCCUCCGAAGAGUAUGGGCCUAUUUCGCAUUAUUAUCUAGUUGUAGUACCCGACGAUAAAUCCCAUAACCACAGAAACCCCGAUCAGUUUUUGACUGAAGACCUAAUUAAGAAUAAUGCCAGAACUGAUGAUGAAAAUGCACCGUAUAUUGCUGCUAAGUUCUUGCAGAGGAAUAUUUUGUACACUUUCCAUCUUGGAAAUGACGAAAUGUAUGAAGGUUUCCUGAAUAGAAAACUGAACCCGACUAAGCGAUACCGAGUGUUUGUUAGAGCAGUGGUCGAUACGCCCCAGAAACAUUUGUAUACUUCCAGUCCGUUUUCGGAAUAUCUAUCACUUGACAUGCGGGAGGCGCCACCGGGCGAGGAACCCAGCAGGCCAAACCCUAAAGAUGCAAACGGUGAUAUCGACAUCAGGAUAAAGGAGAACCGGCAAGAAGCGGGCAUGGUGUGGGUGGUUGGACCUAGUAUAGCUGCCUUAAUGCUUUCAUUACUGUUAGUGCUUCUCUUUAUCGUGAAGAGGCGAAGACAUCCGUGCAAAACCCCCGAUCAAGCCGCAGUGACGCGCCCAUUAAUGCAGGCAGAUGUUGGAUUCGGAGCGCCAUCCGACCCGGUUGAAAUGAGACGACUGAAUUUCCAAACGCCCGCGAUGAUAUCACACCCACCGAUCCCUAUUUCCGAGCUCGCCGAUCACAUUGAGAGGCUAAAAGCGAACGACAACUUGAAAUUCUCUCAAGAAUACGAAAGUAUCGAGCCCGGCCAGCAAUUCACAUGGGACCACUCCAACAUGGAGGUGAAUAAACCGAAGAAUCGAUACGCGAACGUUAUCGCUUACGACCACAGUCGCGUCAUUUUACAACCGAUCGAUGGUAUUCUCGGAAGCGACUACAUUAACGCUAAUUACUGCGACGGCUACCGGAAGCACAACGCCUACGUGGCCACUCAAGGGCCUUUACAGGAAACGUUUGCGGACUUCUGGCGAAUGUGUUGGGAACUGAGGACUAACACUAUCGUAAUGAUGACGAAGCUUGAAGAGAGAACGAGGAUCAAGUGCGAUCAAUACUGGCCGAGCCGCGGCAGCGAGACUUACGGGAUGAUGACCGUCACCAUCGCUGAGGUCCAAGAGUUAGCGACCUACUGCAUCCGGACAUUCCAAGUGACAAGGAACGGUGGAGCUGAGAGACGAGAGAUCAAGCAGCUGCAAUUCACCGCAUGGCCUGACCACGGAGUGCCGGACCAUCCUGCCCCAUUCUUGCAAUUCCUACGCAGAGUUCGCGCUUUAAACCCACCCGAUGCUGGUCCUUUAGUGGUCCACUGCUCAGCCGGAGUCGGCAGAACUGGCUGCUUCAUCGUCAUCGACUCCAUGCUCGAAAGGGCUAGACACGAACGCACAGUAGACAUAUACGGCCACGUGACCUGCUUGCGAGCGCAACGCAACUACAUGGUGCAAACCGAAGACCAGUACAUCUUCAUCCAUGACGCGCUAGUCGAGGCCGUGGUCUGUGGAGACACAGAAGUGCCAGCACGCAACUUGCACGCUCACAUCCAGAAACUGAUGCGUAUCGACCCGAUAGAGAAUAUAACUGGAAUGGAAUUGGAGUUCAAGAAGCUGGCUAACAUGAAGGCUGAUUCGACCCGCUUUGUCUCUGCCAGUUUACCAUGUAACAAGCAUAAGAACCGUCUGGCGCAUAUCUUGCCGUUUGAGUCUUCCCGAGUGUGCCUAACUCCUAGGGAUGGGUCGGACUAUAUCAACGCGUCGUUCGUGGAUGGGUAUAGAUACAGAGCGGCGUACAUCGCGACGCAAGGGCCACUUCCUGACACGACGGAUGACUUCUGGAGGAUGCUCUGGGAGCACAAUUCCACCAUCGUCGUUAUGCUGACCAAGCUGAAGGAAAUGGGACGGGAGAAAUGCCACCAGUACUGGCCGUCGGACCGCUCGGUGCGCUACCAGUGCUUCGUCGUUGACCCCAUCGCCGAGUACAACAUGCCGCAGUACAUCUUGAGAGAAUUCAAGGUGACAGACGCCCGCGACGGCGCCUCGCGCACAGUGCGUCAGUUCCAGUUCACGGACUGGCCGGAACAAGACGUGCCGAAGAGCGGAGAAGGCUUCAUAGACUUCCUCGGACAAGUGCACAAGACUAAGGAGCAGUUUGGACAAGACGGGCCUAUUACUGUGCAUUGCAGCGCGGGCGUGGGCCGCACGGGCGUGUUCAUCACGCUGUCCACGGUGCUGGAGCGCAUGCAGUAUGAGGGCGUGGUGGACGUGUUCCAGACUGUGCGCACGCUGCGCACGCAACGACCCGCCAUGGUGCAGACUGAGGACCAGUACGAAUUCUGCUACCGCGCCGCUCUAGAAUACCUUGGCUCGUUCGACCACUACGCCAACUGACGCAACCUCCUCGUGUAGACGGCCGCCGUCACUAUAUCUACUCUGUGUACUUAACUACGGCAGCCUAGUACGUGUUUCAACCUCGACUGAUACAUAACCUUUAACCUCCUUCGACUCGCGAACUAUUCUGUGAACACCUGGCCACCUACAAAAAAAAUAUGGGACAGUCAUUUGUCUUUUAUUUCAAGACCGUUAAAUCUGGUUAAAUCUAAGUGGUAUGAUUCAAUUUUGUCUGACAUAAAUAUUAGGUAUAUUGGUCAGAGUUUAAUCUCUGUACAGAAUAGUUCGUGAGACAGAUGGAAUACUUAUUAUUUGCGUUCAUGUAGUCGCUUGUGAAUUUAUGAUUGUUUUUGCGAGCGAUACAUGACCGCAGAAUUGUUCAACUUGUUGUAAAUUGUGGCUAAACAUAAUCGAGUGCCUAGAAACGCUACUUAUGAUAUAUUUACUAUAAUGACCACUAUAAAAUCAUGAUUGUGAGUCGGAAGGGUAAUAAAACUAUUAUAAACGUAAUAUUAUCCUAUAUCUUAAAAAUAUUCUCACAUCUGUUCGCGGUAUUCUUCUUAAAAAUAGGAACAGUUUGUUAAAAGUCCAGUUGAAAAAUAGAUGCAUUUAACUAAAAUAAAACAGAUUCUCAAAGUAUUUAAAUGUGAACGUGUAUUUUAAAAUGCCGUGAAUAUAUUAAUUUGCUAAUGAUAUGUAAUAUUAGAUGAAGAAAUCACGCUUAGAGAAUGCGAUUUAUUAUGAUAUUCAAUUCUGAUCGUCACAUAUAUUAUGAUAAACAAUAUUGUAAAUGUAUAAAUAGUUAUGCAGCUGUAAUAUUAGAAGUUUAUUUUUCAUAUCGGGUGUUGAAUAUGUUAAGUAGUGUUAAAGGCGGUUGCCCGUUUCAUUAUUGCAAUAUAACGAUACUCCUAGACGAAUCGGCUGUGUCGUGUCUAUGCGGCUGAUCUUUGUAAAUAGCACUUUUGUAAUGACAUUUCCCAGUUCAUUUGUAAAAAAACAAAAUCCAGUGCCACUAAAGUUUAAAGUAACGUGAAAUUAAUUUUAAGUUCUUGACAGCUAAUAAGAAACAGACAAUAUUCAAUAACAACCUAAGCAAGGUUUUUUUUCAAGCCACUUUAAUUAGGUCCUUUUGUAGCUAGGAUAUAAGUUUUUAUAAUCACCGCUUGCUUUUAGAUAAUCGUGAUUCGAUGACAUAUCUCGUUCGUUGUAGGUAGUAAAUAUGUUUGUCGGUGUGCUAAUAUUAUGAUAUGAGAGUGUAAAAGGAAUAGGUGAAAUGUUCGAUUUAUUAUCGGAUCGUGUUAAUUAACGAGUGUGUAAUCCGUCGGAUUAUCUUGAUUGGAUCAAUUUAAUAUUGUCAAUGUGGGAAUGAUAAUACGUAAAACCUAAUGGAUCUAGGAAUGGUACCGUUUCUAGCAAAAUAUUUAACUAAAUUAGUGAUUUUGAAUGAUCGUCGAGUAGCAAGAGUGUACGUCUGUACGUUGCAUUUUGAAAUCAAUAUUAUACCUAUUUAAAGAGGGGAUAUUUUUGUCCCUGGGGUUAAAAUGGGUGGAAAUGAAACUUAAAAUCGUGAAAUCCUUCAGAAGCUACUAACUCUAUCGCUAUGUUUUAAGCUAUCUUUAAGUGUAGUAAGUUGAUUAACCUUUUACAGUAACCUCCUUGCCUAGUAUCUUAUAAGGUUUUAGGUUUUUUCAAACGUUUUAUACAAUAUACAUACCUACUACUUAUAACAAUCUACUUAUAAGUUAAAGUUGAGCUUCUAACUUAGGAUAUACAUGAGAACUCAGCGCGCUAUCGAAAGAUAUUUGUUAUCGUAGAAACCAUUUAAACUUACGGAUUCGAAAUAAGAUCAGUAUGUAAUAUUGGAAAUGUCUUCGAAUCGACUUUUCAUUCGGGACAAGACCCAUCGCUAUUUUAUAACUGCCAAUCGAUACUCUAGAUGUAAAUGAGUUAAUACAAACAAUAAUACGAGACAUACGUAGAAUUAAUAAAAAUAUUGUUCCAAUGAAAAAGUAUAGUGAAAUUUUAAUAUACUUACUCGUUAGCGAAUCACGUAUUAGCAAUUUAUGAUGUUUCUUUACGCGCGACGCUCGUUAGAAGCUUUACCCUAUUUUAUAUUCAACUUGAAUGACUCUUGAAGCUUUACUAUUUACCAUUCCGUGUACAUUUUCUUUGUAACAUUUAUUCCUUCUUGCCGUUACAUUACAAUUAUUUACAUUGUAAGCAAUUAUUUUAACGCACAGCAAAUAAUAAUAAUACAUAUUAAGCUUGGAAUAAGCUUUUUUAUAUUGUUAUUCGAAUAUUAAUUGAGCAUGCAAUAAGCCAAUUAUGUGAUUAGAUUAUAUUAUUUUAUUAUUUUAACAGUACAAAGUUAUAGGUCAACAUCUCAUAAUUCAUACCCCUAAUACGAUUUUCGUUACUUUCACCAUAAUUUUUCAGUAUUUCUAAAUUAUUAAUAUUUAACAAUUUUCAUUGAUUGCAUUUCCAUCUCUCGGAAAAGACUGAUUUUACUCAUUUCUUAUGUGUUCGUGAUUUAGUUAGAUUUAUGUAUUAUUGUGAAAUUAUUUUUGUACUGUCUGACUUUCUUACUGAUCUUUUCUAUGUGUUCAAACAAUUUUACUGUACAAUUUAGUUAUGAUUAAUUACGAUGCCCAAUUAAUGUAUUUUUACAGUUAAUGUCUCCUGUAUAAUAUUAUAUGUUAUCUUUUUCUAUACUUACGAAUCCUGUACAUUACGCAUUUAGCCAGUACAAACCUUUGGUAAUUUGAUUUGUUAUUUUGUGAACCACUCGCCAUUCCGCUGUUAGUAAGUGUAAUAUGUUUGCUCGCUAUUUAAAGCGGGAAUUACUUAUCAGAAAAAAACUAGCUUUAAUAACAUAAAACCAUUAUUUUUGUGCAAUUAAAGAUGGCGACGCUAGAUGGCGAGGCGUGCGGUGUAAAUGGUAUUGUAGGCAAUGUAGAGUUAAAUUAAUAUGUUUUUUGUAAAACUCCCGCGCUGCGUCUCGGGACACAGUGGAUUCGCAAAUUAUACAUAUGUAUAUGAACAAAUAAAAUUAUGUGAGACCAUAAAA